CCUAUCAAAGCCUAAACACACAAUUUAGUAGACACAAAGUUAGUUUUCAAACUGACAAAGUGAGCUAGCUCACUUUUCCCAUCCUUCCCUUCACUCCUUUGGAGAAAGGAACAAAACUUCAGAGGAGGGAAGAAAUUUAAAGACUUAACAAUGGAGGAGAAGAAGACACAACGGCAGCAUCAUCAUGUUCUUCUUCUUCUACUCACCUUCAACAUUUUCACCACCGCCAGAGCUUUAAAUUACAGUGAUGCCCUCACAAAGAGCCUCCUCUACUUCGAAUCGCAACGCUCCGGCCGCCUCCCGUACAACCAGAGAGUCACCUGGCGUGACCAUUCCGGCCUCACCGAUGGCCUAGAGCAAGGGGUGGACUUGGUAGGAGGAUAUUACGAUGCCGGCGACCACGUCAAGUUCGGACUGCCGAUGGCAUUUACGGUGACGAUGCUGUCGUGGAGUGUUAUAGAAUACCGGCAGCAAAUUGCGGCCGCCGGAGAAUUGGAACAUGCAAUGGAGGCGAUCAAAUGGGGGACUGAUUAUUUCAUCAAAGCUCACACUAGUCCCAAUGUGUUAUGGGCAGAGGUGGGCGAUGGGGACACUGAUCAUUACUGCUGGCAACGGCCGGAGGACAUGACCACAUCAAGGCAAGCUUACAAGAUAGAUGAGAAAAAUCCCGGGUCGGAUCUUGCCGGAGAGACCGCCGCUGCAAUGGCGGCCGCGGCCUUAGUGUUCAAGAAAAGUAAUUCACAUUACUCUCACCUCCUCCUACACCAUGCCCAGCAGUUGUUUGAGUUUGGGGACAAGUAUAGGGAGAAGUACGAUGGGAGCUUGGGAGUGGUGAAGAGCUACUAUGCAUCGGUGAGUGGGUUUAAGGACGAGUUGUUGUGGGCAGCUUUGUGGCUAUACAAAGCCACCGACAAUGAGGAGUAUUUGAAGUAUGUAAUUAACAAGGCUCAUAGCUUUGGUGGCAUUGGUUGGGCAAUUACAGAGUUCAGUUGGGACGUUAAGUACGCUGGCCUUCAACUCCUUGCGUCAAAGUUGCUUUUAGAAGAAAAACACAUGAAACACUCUCACAUACUGGAGUUGUAUAAAUCAAAAGCAGACUACUACAUGUGCUCAUGCCUAAACAAAAAUACUGCCACCAAAAAUGUGGAACGCACACCGGCAGGCCUACUGUACGUAAGGCAAUGGAACAACAUGCAGUACGUUUCAACAGCUUCAUUCCUCCUAACAGUCUACUCAGACUUCCUCAAAACCUCGAACCGAAAGCUCAGCUGCCAUGGCGGAACGGCAGGCCAUGAAGAAGUCCUCAGCUUUGCUAAAUCGCAGAUAGAUUAUAUUUUGGGCUCCAACCCCUUGAACAUGAGCUACUUGGUGGGAUAUGGACCAAAAUACCCUCAGAGGGUGCACCACAGAGGAGCGUCCGUGGAGUCAUAUCGGGAGAACAAAGGGUUCAUUGGGUGCACACAAGGGUAUGAUAAUUGGUACGGCAGGGAAGAGCCAAACCCUAAUGUUUUGGUCGGGGCUUUGGUUGGAGGGCCUGAUUGCAAAGAUAAUUUUGUGGACAGGAGGGAUAAUUACAUGCAGACUGAGGCCUGCACUUACAAUACAUCACCAUUGGUGGGGGUUUUUGCAAAGUUUUCAGAAUUGGAGGUCCAAAAGAACGUGGAUCAGGGGCAAAAUUUGGAUUUGGUUGCUUCUUAUUAGGUAUAUGAUAUUGUGGUGGGGAAAGAGUGCUGGGGUUAUAACUUGUAAUCCCAUUUUUUGGCUUUGUCAUGGCGGCUGAACGAAAGGUGUUCUAGCUAGCCCAUUCUGUGCCUUCAUUGUUGUAAUAUCUAAGUGUUUAUAUAAGUAUAAAGGAAAAGGUUUAGUCACGCCCACCAAACUCGUGACCUUCUUC